AUGAACGCAGUGGUUGUUCUGCUGGUGCUAACGGCAAUAUUUGCUGUGUCUACUGUGGACGCCGGCCACCAUUACCACCAUGGCUACGGUGGAGGUGGUGGCGGCGGCGGCGGAGGCGGAGGAGGUGGACACGGACACGGCCAUUACUACGUGAUUCAUAAACAUCACGGGCACUACGGCGGUGGCGGAGGUGGUGGAGGAGGCGGCGGCGGCGGAGGCUACGGCGGCCACGGGUGGUGGUAG